AUGGCACACCCAGUGGCACACCCAGUAGCACCAUCAGCGUCUUCUCCCCACAGCGUCCACACCCCCGGUCGUAGCAUCAGCCGAGCGCGUCCGCGUCCAGGCCGCAAUGAGGAGCUGGCCGAGUUCGCCAAGCACCGCUUGGACAGCCGCCUGCAUGCCACGCAGACGAGUCGCCGCCGUGCGGUGCAGUGGCGCCGGCAGCAGACGCCUGGAAUGAGGGAGGUCGAAGGAGGGAAAUUCGGGAGGAUCGAGAAGGAGACCUUGUACCGCGCCAAGUGUCGGGCCUCGGUGGUGGUGCACGACCGGCCCGAGGACUCCAAAG